AUGGAUGAAAUGGAAUCUGUGAAAGGUGCUGGUAAUAUGGGCCGGGAGAAAGGCAUUUCCAACAUUGUGGAGGCGGAAAGGAAAGCGGACCAGACAUACGAGACUGCUAACAUCGAAGAAGAACCAAAACCUGAGGAUGAAAAACAAAGUGAAAAUUGGAGGCCACCAGUUGUUCCGAAAAACACAUCACUCAUCCAUCUUUGA